CUCCACAUUGCUUCAUCAGUAAUUGAAUCGACAUUCUUUGGUCAACUUUUGUGUGAAAGUUCAAGAAGCACUUUCCACAUUAAAAUAAUAAUAAUAAUAAUAAUAAUAAUAAAACAGCUCCAAUACUUCAAAACCUCAGUAUAAAUACAAAGAUACCUUUCCAUUUUUUGGUUAAUUGAUUUCCAACCCAAGAUGAGCGUGGACAUUUACCGUGCCAAAGUGGAAGAACUUAUCCGCCAGGCUGAUAUCACCACCGUAUCUGCACGUAAAAUCAGGAAACAGAUAGAGUCUCUCACUAAUACUAGUCUUGAGGAUGUGAAGAAGGACUUUGAUGACAUGGUUAUGGAAAUAUACCAACAGAUCACGGACGAUAUCGAGCGUGCUGUACUGAAUGGUGCCACGCCUGAAUCAAACGGCAAUCGUUAUCAACAACAACAGCAGCAGCAGCAACAGCAGCAAUUGCCGCCACAGACAAUUGCCUUCGGAGUAUCUCUCCCUCCAACAUCAUACAUGCCUCCUAAACCAAAUCCAGUGCCAGCAUCAGCACUUACAUCAGCCAUUGCUUCGGAGGAUGGUUCUGAGGACGGCGACGAUGUAGGAGGUGAAUCAGACGCAUCGUUCUCAUCUGUAGAAGAGGACAAAGGAUCAGCAACUAAGAAACUUAAGACUUCAUCUUCAUCAAAGAAAGUAAAAGUGAAAUCAAAGUCUAAGGCCAAGCCGUCAAAGGCAUCAUCAAAAAGGUCUACAGAUGAUAAAUCCAAGCGUAAGACACCGACAAAUAAGGAUGGUACGCCCAAAGUUAAUAACUUCACACGUCCCAUGCUCAUCAGCCCCACGCUGCACGAUGUCAUCGGGCAUGCAGGAGAAAUCGGUCCCUCCGGAAAAGUUGAGAUGUCUCGACCCGAAGUCGUUAAGCAAAUUUGGGUUUAUAUUAAAGAGAACAACCUUCAGGCACCUAAUGACAAACGCCUGAUCAACUGUGACAGUAAACUCAAGACACUAUUUGAUGGACAAGACCAAAUUAGUUGCUUCACUAUGAACAAGUAUAUUGGCAACCAUCUUACAAAACCUGAGCAGACAGCAUGAGAAAAAAAAGAAAAAAAGACUUGUGUAUGACUAGUUUUUGUGAAGAAAUCGGGGCAUUGGUUGUAGCAUUCAUUUAGUAAAUAGUG